UCUAGUAAAAGAGCCAAUGCUAUCAGAAGGAAUAAACUGUAGAAUACUUGUGUGCACCUAAAGAUCUAUAAUCAAGAAAAGAAGUUUGUACAAAAACAAUGUCCUAAGAAGUUAAAAGCUUGUUUAUUUGUUGAAGAUCGAGGUCUUGGUAUUGGCUCAAGGAUAAAAGGGCAUAGAAGGUAUGGAGGAAAAUGGAAGCAGAGACUACUCGGAAGUACAAGUAUUGUAUGCAUCACAAACGAGCAUAAUACGUCCCAGACUUGUCUUUUGUUUCCAGAAAUUAGUCCACCCAGUUAACAGAACCGAAAAGGCAAUAAGAACAGUGAAAGGUGCUUUCUAUUGCUUGAAUAAGGACUAUGUUUCCGUAAAGAACAAGAAGGCAACUAUGUCUCGUGACCGAUUGUCAGCUCUCUGGCGAUUGAUAUUGUUGGUCUCUCUAUGUUGUUCGGUAGAACGCUCCCGGCAUUUUCUCAUAAACUCAGUCAAUACUACACUGAAGAUGAUUUCAAACAAUUCCUAAAUUGAAGAGUGUGUAAGGUUGAUGAUGGUUCUGCUACUAUCAAUAUGGAU